AUGACACAUUUGUUGAGACGAGGUGGUUUUACCAUGCGAAAAUGGGCGACAAAUGAUCCUGCAGUACUCAAAGACAUCCCGGUUGUAGAACGAGCUUCGUUGUCUACGCAUCACUUCGCCCCAGAAGCAUCGCUGAAAACUCUUGGAGUGAGAUGGCACGUCAGCGAAGAUCUAUUUUCUUUCUCCGUAAACUGCAACGCAACUCAAACACACUACAUGAAACGUGAAGUGCUGUCGACUAUCGCGAAAAUAUUCGACCCGCUAGGAGCUCUGGAAACUCGACAUCGACUGGUCGGAUCCAUUACCAGAACUAUACAAUGUCCGUUGGCGUUCUUACCUUAUCUGCAAGAGACAUGGCACAUUAAAAUUCCUCGUCGCUGCCUAUCCAUCGAUUCUCUACGGCGGGUGUACCUUCAUGGAUACUGCGACGCAUCGGAGACAGCAUAUGGUGCAGUGUUAUACCUGAGAGCCGUGGACGAAGUGGGCAACGUCAGCUCGCGUCUGCUUUGCUCCAAAUCAAAGGUGACACCUAUCAAUCGCCCAACAAUUCCGAGGUUAGAACUCUGCGCAGCUACGCUACUAGCACGACUGAUCAAAACGGUAAAGUCAACGUUACGAAUGACCAUCCAUCAGACGACAGCCUGGAGUGACUCCAUGACAACUUUAGCGUGGAUAGCAGGAGACCCAGCCAGAUGGAAGACAUUUGUGGCCAACCGCGUAGCAGAGAUCAACUCGACAUUAUCCGCAGUGAACUGGAGACACAUUCCCACGGACGAAAAUCCGGCCGAUCUACUGAGCCGUGGGGCCACCCCUAUGUCACUAGCGAGCACUCCUUUAUGA